CACUGACCACAAGCGCUCGUUUUCGGCUAUAAACAGUCGAGUGGUGGUGGUGGUGGUGGCAACUGACUGACCGGUAAGAGCCGGCGGACACAAAGCAAAGAGGAAGCUCUGGGUCCCCAUCCCCUGUUUGCCUGAGAAAUAGAAGCAAAAAAUGGCGAAGAAAGCUUCAAAUUCGAAAAAUGAUGGUUCAUCUUCAACCUCCGCUACUUCCGCUAAGAGCCCACCAACAGCAUCCAAUUAGAGUUUUUGGGGUUAACAAUAGACACUUUUGCUUGAAAAAAAUUGGUAGCCAAAUGGCAUUGAGGGUAAAAUCAAGUGAUAAAAUGAAGAAGAUAGCUCAAGGGAGUGUUGUUAGCGUGAGAGAAACGAGACCCAAGUCGAAGUCAAGGCUCAAAUCGAAACAGCAGCAGCAGAAGAAGAAGACAACAAAAUUCGAUGCUAAAAUGCCCAAGAAACCACCGACUGCUUUCUUUUACUUCUUGGAGGAUUUUCGCAAGGAAUUUCAAGAGCAGAACCCAGAUAUCAAGUCAAUGCGUGAUAUUGGGAAGGCAUGUGGUGAGAAGUGGAAGACGAUGACAUACGAGGAGAAAGUUAAAUAUUACGAUAUUGCAACCGAGAAACGAGCAGAGUUUGACAGAGCCAUGGCAGAAUAUAAUAAAAGAAAGGAAAGUGGCGAAGAUGAAGAAACUGAAGAUGAUUCAGAUUAUGAGGAAUAAAUCGAAACCUUACUGUUGUAUCAGGAAAUGCAUAGAUGUAGUGGUUUAUGACUUACGAGUUGCACAUAUUAAUGUAGGGGGAUAUGUUCAUCAUCCCGGUAUCAUUUGUGUGUAAAUUACUGCUUGGAUAUUGCCCUUACAUUAUUGCCAUGCAGACUUGAAAAACUUCAUCUGACUAUUAUAAUUCAAGUAAAUAUUCAUGAAUUUGAUG